CACGUCACGUCUUUGAAAUUCACGUCAGCCCAAGACGAGUCACGCAUGACACUUGGACAUUACCAUUUCAAAUUUACAGUGCGACGUGCAGAUACAGCUAGCUAUAUGCAACAAAAACAACUAGCAAACUGUCAUUUCAGACUGUCGUUUACGUAGUGCAUCCGAUAACCAUGGAAAUGUUUUUAAAAAGCUGUCGCAAUGUGCUGAAGGGGAAUGCAGAGGGCAGCCCAGAGUUCCAUGUGGUCCUGGGGAACGAGGCCUGCGACCUGGACUCCAUGGUGUCGGCUCUGGCCUACGCAUACUUCCUGCCCAAGACACUUGAUUCUGGGAAAAUUCCUCUUCCCGUUCUGAACAUUCCCCGGCAAGAGUUCCCGUUGCGCACGGACAAUGCCUUCCUGCUGAGAGAGAGUGGCCUCUCCCAGGAUGACCUGGUGUUCCGGGACGAGGUGGACCUGGGGAGUCUACACCGGGCCGGCCGGCUGGACCUCACACUGGUGGACCACAACGUGCUGCCCAGCUCUGACCGUGAUCUAGAGGAGGCGGUGGUGGAGGUGAUCGACCAUCACCUCCUGGAGAGGAAGCCCUCUCCUUCCUGUUCCGUUACCGUGGAGACGGUGGGCUCCUGCACCACCCUGGUGACAGAACGGAUCAUCCAGAAAGCCCCUGAAGUCCUCGACCAACAGGUGGCCCAGCUCUUAUAUGGCACCAUAGUGUUAGACUGUGUGAACAUGGCCCCAGAGGCAGGGAAAGUCACCCCUAAAGACAGCCAGUACGCAGUCCUCCUGGAGACGCGCUUCCCCAACCUGCCACCAAGGGGCGUCCUCUUCCAGUCCUUGCAGAAUGCUAAAUUUGACGUGUCAGGUCUCACCACAGAACAGAUGCUACUGAAAGACAUGAAGGUGGCAUCGGAGAGAGAUUUGAAACUGGCAGUCAGUGUGAUAUAUAUGACACUGGAGGCUUUUCUACAGAGACAAAGCUUACAGCAAGAGCUCUGUGAGUUCUGCCACAAACACAGCUACAACCUGGUGGUGGCCAUGACGAUCUCCUUCAAUGAUAACAAGGAGCCCUUCAGGCAGCUGGCAGUCUACAGUUCCAGCACCCUCUACAGGGAAGAGAUGAGCCAAGCCUUGGAGCAAGCCCGGAACCCCAGUCUGAUCCUGAGUCCAAUGAGCAGCCCUUACUCGGACAUCAAGGCUUAUCUCCAAGGCAACACGUUGGCCUCCAGGAAGAAGGUGCUGCCCAUCAUCAAGGACUUCCUGAGGGACAGGGAGCGAAGCGCGGUGCAUUGUGGGAACCUGGAGGAGAGCUACGAGUCACCACGGCAACGGGCAUGCACUGAGGACGCUGGGAUAGAGGAGGACUCUCACUUCCCCCCCACCCCUAUGAACAGUCUGGUUGAGGGCUGUCCCCUUGACAACGGGCUGCCCAGGAUCAGCGCUGAAGCUCUGACGGAGAAGUUCAGCAACAUGGCCAGCCAAGAGGAGAACGCAGGGGGACACUGAUGUCACUCACACUCCUGAGCACCCAAGCUCACUAACCUGUAUAACAGCUGGAUGGCCAGAGAGUUCUCGCAACAGGAUUUAGACCAGUCAGUACAGAUUGUUUGUGAAUGUGCAGGGUGAUAAGGUACGCACAACAUUGAUCAGCUGGGAGAAGGACUGGGAGGCACACUGUCCCCAAUCCAGAGGAGUAAAGAAUCCACGGACAAUCCUAUUGGAGAUAAUGGAAAUGUAUUGAAAGUAUGAGUGACACCCAUGCUUUCAUCCUCGAAUGGGAAUAAGAUAUUUAAGUGGGAACUCUGUUAAGGGAAGAAUACUCCCGGUUGGUAUGUUUCCGGGAAAGCCAUUUUGCAGUAGAUUUGAGAAAAUAGAUCCACUCUCUCUCUUCUCCCAAAGAGUGUGUAUAGGAAUGUUUUUGUGAUAGAUGCCUAAACAAUAUGUGGUCUGCUUACUAAGGCAACAGGGAUCUUCAUCCAAGAGGGCGUUGAAUGUCUACUGGAACCAAGAAGCUUGAUAUUGACAUCUAGCCACUGUGCCCUAUACUAAUGUGUAUAGGAACAGUUUUGUGAUAGAUGCCUAAAAAAAUAUGGUCACACUUUAUUUGGAUAGUCUACAGAUAGUCAUACUAUUAACUGACUCUCUGUUGAUAAGCAACUGCUUACUAAGCUUAGGGUAAGGGUUAAUAGUUAGAGUUUGGGUUAGGGUAAGAGUUAAGUUUAGGGUUAGGAUAAGGGUUAAGGUUAGCGUUAGUAGAUAGUUAGUUCAAAUGUAACUGAGUCUGUAGAGCAUGUAAAGAUGGACUGUCCAAAUUAAGUGUUACCCUGUAUGAUAUGCAGUGUUGAUUUUACAUAAUUGAUAAGCAGUUUGACGUUGAAGUGAAGGGAAGUGUUUGUGUUGAAUUAGUUAUUGCUUGAGAUAGCUAGACAUAAUUCAUUGACUGACUGUUUUAUUGAUAAGAAAUCAGUUUUGAAUGUUCUUCUGAUUCGAAACACCAUUAUAAUACUGUAUCUUCUCCAAAUGAAAGAUGCAUAUUCUGCAAAUUUAUGUAAACAUUUUUAAAAAAUAGAUAAAAUCUGAGAAUAUUAUCUGAUUUAUAUGCAAUUGUAUUGCAAGAAGAUACAGGAACUUCCAUUUGAUUGUGUUAAAGCACUUGGUACCAAUGAUAUUUGCUGAUGCCAUGUUCAUUUGAAUAUAAUACUUUGAUCUCUUUUAUCUGAAACUAGGACUCCCUAGAACCACUCACGGUACUUCCAGGCCUGAUGUAGUCUAAUUAAAUUACUGUAUAUUUCAUAAAAUGCUCCAAACUGAUGAGAAGAGUGUUCUUUGAGAUACAGCUAUAAUCUACACCAAAAGGUAGAAAAGAUUUCAGUCAAGUUUAGACCAUUAGCAGCUGUUAUGUUAUGAAGGACAAUCAAGUGAAACAUUUCACAGUUUUACCUUUGAAAUCAUUUGGAAACCACAGUUUGACAUUUUUAAUAAUUUGGAAACCAACUGACAAAAGUUUUACAGUUAGAAAUGUAAUGAUUUCACCUGAAAUUUUGAAAAGGGUUAAAUAGUAUUAAAGUAUUUUGGAAGACACUUUUA